CUUCUCCUUGCACCGGCGACCUAUAGCACACCGAAUCCUUUUCUCUCUUCCUCUCUUUGUUGUGACCAUUACCAGCGGUGGUUAAGGUUUCCUUACAGUUGAACCCAAGCAGCAUUAUCUGAAAUACAAUCACUUUGGGUGCUAAUGGAGGCCAAGGUUGAAGGGAACCCCUUGAUAACUCAGUCCAAAUGGAGAAAAGUGGCAUAUGGUGGGAUGCAACCUGGUUAUGAUGACAAUUACACUGAUGAGUCUUUUCUUGAAGAUAUGGUGAUGAAUGCCAAUGUGGUGAAGCGGGACAUAGUAAAGGUGAUGCGGGAUUCAGUUUCCAUCUCUCAGUAUAUCUGUGUUGUUGCACUUGUGGUCUGUGUCUGGACCUAUACUCUAGGUGCCACCAUUGAUGAGACUUCCCUCUUGCUGCUUGAUGCUGGCCUUCUAGGAUCAGGCUUCUUAGUGCUCCUCCUAACUGCAAGGAGGCUUUCAAUUAAUCUUCUUUCCCACUAUCUCCUGAAGAUAUCCUUCUUUAUAAGUGGGUUGUAUGUUUUGGCUCCUAUCUACCACACGCUCACUAGAUCUAUUAGCUCAGACUCCAUUUGGGCACUGACAGUAUCACUUCUCAUGGUCCAUCUCUUCUUGCAUGACUACUCGGGAUCCACCAUAAGGCCACCUGGAGCAUUGAAAAAUCCAACAUUGACCAGCAAUAUCUCUUUAAAUGCUUCUAUUGUGGCUUCAGUUCUAAUUGCUUCUCGCCUCCCAUCAAGGCUUCAUGUGUUUGCAAUUAUGCUCUUCUCUUUACAGGUCUUCCUCUUUGCACCACUGGUCAUGUAUUGUAUCAAGAAAUACUCUUUUGGACUGCAUCUUUGCUUCUCAUCGUUAUUGAUGACUGUGACACUGGUUUUGGUAUUUACACUGCAUCGACCUCUAUUUGCGUUGUUACUAGGUCUAUUGGUUUUUGUCACGGUUGUAUGCCCUUUCUGGCUUAUAAGGCUACAGGAGUACAAAUUUGAGAUUAAUGGUCCUUGGGAUGAAGCUAAGCUUUGUUUUGAUAUUACAGAGUGACUGCAUCAACAUUCACCUUUUGUAUCAGAAAAACUUUAUUAACCAAGUGAAAUUCAAUUACUUUCCUUUUUCUUGAUCA